AUGAUCUGCUUCUGCUCGCUGUACACCACGUGGGUGUACGUCCGGCUGUGGCGCGAGCGCGGCUCCGACCUCCACUACAUGCUGGCCAAGCACAAGCGCUUCCUGGAGCGCUACGAGGUGCUGUGCCGGCGGGACGAGGUGCAGCGGGGCCUGCUGCAGCUCAUGGGUGAGACGGACCCCCUGGCCGGCAGCCGCACGCUGCGCUUCGUGCUCAUCGUUGCCUUCCAGUGCCCCGCCCUGCUGUGCUGCGGCGUGCCCUUCGCCUGCCUGGCCGCCAUCCACUUCGCCCUCAACGCCCACGCCAUCAUCCUGCUGCGGUGCAUCAAGCGGUCCCUGGAGCUGUCCGGCGACCUGGAGGGCCACUUCAAGCUGCGCGGGCUGCGCGCCCCGGUCGACGAGCUCAUCAUGCAGCACCAGCACGUGCUCUCGAUGGUCAACACCAACAACGAGAUCUUCGCGCGCCCCAUCACCGAGCGCCUGGUCAUCACGUACGCCCUGCUGGGCCUCACGGCGUACUGCAUGUCCUCGGACCCGCUGGCCGACGUCAAGGUGCCCAUCAUCGCCUUCUUCAUGAUCGCCAGCCUGCUGCAGAUGUCGGUGCUCAGCGACAUGCUCAAGGACGAGUGCGGGUCGCUGCAGGACGUGGUGUGGCGCUGCGACUGGAUGUCGGCCAGCAGGCCCACGCAGCGCAAGCUGGUGCUGCUCACGGCCAGGGCGCAGCGCUACGACCGGGACGGCCUGGCCGCCGCGGGGCUGCAGGACAGGAUCAGCAUGAUCACCUUCGUGCAGGCUGGACAAAUAGGAUUCUCGUAG